CCGCCUUAUCUCAUGCGAAGCAUUCUUUAAGGUCUGAGCAUCAUUAUUCCCUCGACCAAUUCCAUCCCCAGCGCACACCAACAUGCCACAUUGGACUGCUCUAGUCGCAGAAAAGAAGCAGAGGCAGCUGAAGUCCAUCCCUCAGGAGUGGCUUGUGCUUCCGCCUCCAGAAUCUACUCUAGAUGUGACUACUUUUCCAGAGACGUGUGGCCUUUUGAAUACGAAAGAAAUCGAGAUCACCAAUACUUCGGUGGAUGUUUUGUUGGAGAGACUUGCAAGUGCGAAAUGGACAGCUACGGAGGUGACCACCGCGUUCUGCAAGAGGGCUGUUGUUGGCCAUCAACUUGUCAAUUGCUUGACAGAAAUUUUUGUUGAUCGUGCAUUGAUUCGAGCAGCUGAACUCGACGAUUACUUGAAGAAGACAGGGAAGGUAGUUGGUCCCCUCCAUGGGCUGCCAAUCUCUCUAAAGGACCAGCUAUGUAUCGAGGGACUAGAAACUACUAUUGGUUAUGUCUCGUGGAUUGGGCAGUAUGCAGAUAAAAACGCAGUACUAGUCGACAUUCUGAUCGAGUGCGGAGCCGUGCCAUUCGUCCGCACUAACGUUCCGCAGGCGGUCAUGUGGCCAGAAACCUUCAAUAAUAUCUUCGGCCGGACGACUAACCCAUGCAAUCGCUCUCUGACACCGGGUGGGUCAUCCGGAGGAGAAGGUGCAUUGAUUUCUAUCAGAGGAAGUCCUUUGGGAGUCGGUUCUGAUACUGGAGGCUCUAUUCGUGUUCCCGCUGCAUUCUGCGGCUUAUACAGCCUGAGGCCGUCAUACGGGCGUGUACCGUACUGUGGUGCCCGCAACUCACUUGAGGGCCAAGACUCGGUUCUCUCCGUGUUCGGUCCAAUGACGACCAGCAUUGGCGGGGUCAAAGUCUUCAUGAAAGCUGUCAUUAAUACCAAACCAUGGCUGAAAGACCCUCUUGUGGUUCGGAAGAAAUGGGACGAAGACGAGUAUAAUCUCGCGGACCAUGGAUCUGGCAAAGAUUUGUGCUUUGCGAUCAUAUGGGACGAUGGCGUCGUUGUUCCCCACCCACCCAUCAGGAGGUCUCUGGAAAUCACAAAAGCGGCACUCCAGAAGGCGGGCCACAAAGUUGUUGACUGGAAACCCAUCAAGCACAGAUUGCUCCUACAAGUCACGAUGGAUAUCUUGACCGCCGCUGCCACCGAGGACAUCAUGAUCACGACCUCUGUCACAGGGGAGCCAAUAAUUGCAACAAUGGAGCUGGACGGUACAGGCUUCCGUCCGCAAAACAGCGGCAUCACCGCAUACCAGCUCUGGCAAGUGCAGAAGCAGCGUCAAAAUAUCCGAAAAGAAUACCUAGAUCACUGGGAAGCAACUGCGUCAGAGACUGGGACAGGACGACCUGUUGACGCCAUCAUCUGUCCGGUCGCAGCGCAUGCGGCACCUCCCCAUGGGAAGAAUAACUACACCAAUUACACUACCGUUUGGAAUGCACUCGACUAUCCCGCCACGACUUUUCCUGUGACUACUGUCGACCCCACUCUCGAUGGGAAGGAGCCUCCGCAUGGUUUCUAUGACGACUUCGAUAAGGGCAUCUACGAAAUGUACGACCCGGAGAAAUUCAAGAACGCUCCUGUUUGUUUGCAACUUGUCGGUCGGACUCUGGAGGAAGAGGCGGUGAUAAAAAUGACAGAAAUUGUCGAUGCAGCGCUGGCAGCCUGCCAAAUAAAUUUAAGGUAUUCCUGUCGAUGCAGGAGGAUUUACUUAUAUAAAUCGACAACUUGGUCGGGCAUUCGAAAUCCAUAACUAUUGAAAAUUUUGGUGCCUGCUGCAAGCUGGACUUAGGUUACUGCACCGAGGUCCGAUAUAUAAGUAUUAAAUCAGUCAGACCUCAUCGAAAGGAGUUAGGCCAUCACAGGAGCUCUUCUUCCUCGACAUUUCAACAUGCAGUCCUGAGACAACCAGCUCAAAAGUCAAAUUUUCUCCGGUUCCACAUAUUAUUGGUGCGCUGCAAACCAUCGUACUGAGUAGCCAGUUGUAUAAGCACUCGUGUCUGGCGGUAAUGACCAUUUACAGCUUGAAGUAAUCAUAUGUCAAUUCCUGGGCCGUAUGAUAUAUUGAACCUUUGUAUGAUAGCGUUAAGGUGGAGCGAAAGAUAUACCGAGAGGACUGAUAUUCACUGAGUAGUGAUAGCGAAAGUCUGUGAUCGCGGUGAGUGAGAGUUCUGAUAAGCAGAUCUUCGUGGCGCUCAAUCAAUAAGCUAGAAGAUUUGGUUAUUUG